AUGACGUCCGAUGAAAGGAAAGUAUUCGACCACCUCAAAUCUCCUCAUCUGAAAUACUGGGUUCCGUUCAUCUGGUUUGGAAAUCUUGCAGCCAAAGCUCGGAACGAAGGUAGAAUCAGAGACAGUGUUGACCUUCAAUCACUGAUGACGGAGAUGAACCGAUUCCGCUCCUGGUGCAGCCUCCUAUUCGGUUAUGACUGGGUUGGAAUUCCACUGGUCUACACCCAGGUAGCUGAGCAGCUCAUCAACCCUUUUGGAGAAGAUGAUGAUGAUUUUGAAACUAACUGGUGCAUCGACAGAAAUCUGCAGGUCUCUCUUUUAGCUGUGGAUGAAAUGCACAUGAGCUUGCCCAAGAUGAAGAAGGACAUUUACUGGGACGACUCCGCUGCCCGACCGCCAUACACACUGGCAGCCGCUGACUACUGCAUACCCUCAUUUCUGGGGUCCACAAUCCAAAUGGGGCUGUCCGAGUCCCACUUUCCUGGCGAGGAGUGGCUGUGGGACUACGAGAAGCAUGGCCACCGCCGCUCGGUGAUCAGACGGGUCAAGCGGUUCCUGAGCACCCACGAACACCCCUCCAGCCCCAAGAGGAGGAGCUACAGGAGACAGGCCAGCGACAGCUCCAUGUUCCUGCCCCCCAGCCCAGCCCGAGAUCUGCUGGAUGUGCCUCCUAGAAGCUCCCCCAGAGCCUCAGUCCCCCAGAAGCCAUUGCAUUCCCCAGAGGGCAGCCCCAAGCUGCACUCCAGCGUGGGAGAGCUGUCCACCAUCAGGGAGAUCAGCCAGACCAGCACCUUGCCAAGCCUGACCCCGCAGCCCAGUGUGAGAGCCUCCCCCACCAAGAUGCCCCAGGUCCCCGAGGUGCUGAUCACAGCAGCCGAAGCUCCAGUGCCUCCAGCAGAGGGCGACCCCCAUGACUCCACUACCUCCAUCUCGAGCUUGGAGUUUACCGGGGUUCAGCCGAGCAGGACUGGGCAGCAGGAGGACCCGGGGGGUCGGAUACAGCCCCCUUCAGAUCUCGGUCCCCAGGCUGCUGAGAAAAACACACUCAAGCUUGAGGAAGACCCUGAUGGGGACAAGGUCCCGAAAAGGUGGAGCCUCCCCGAGUUCCGGGAGCCCAGCCACACCUCCCCGGGAAACCUAAGUCCACAUCUCGAGAACCUGGAGCCACCUCUUUUACUCGACACAGAAAUAUCCUCCGAGAUCCGUGGAGCCAACACUGGGACUGGUUCUUGGGUCUCUCCUGAUAUGCGGUAUUUAAUGGAAAACUUGGACACCCAGGAAACAGAUAUCAUAGAGUUCAACGACGAGCAAGCGGAGGAAUCAGCCAGAGCGGUGCCACAGAGUUCUCGGACCUGGUUCUAG